CGGAGCCUAGAGUGUACCCCGGAGGAGGAUCGAGACCUGGGUCCGCCGUCCCCCAGGAGCUGAGCAAGAUGUCCUCGGAUUUUGUGGGUGAGGGGCGCACCGUGAGGGCUACGGAUUCUUGAGGCCUGUUUCCUCGGAGAUGCGCCCCUUCCUCCUGGAAGGCGGCAGUGUGUCCCAGAUGCCUGUGGCUGAGGGCAAGAGUGUCCAGCAGACCGUGGAGCUCCUCACCCGGAAAUUGGAGAUGCUUGGGGCAGAGAAGCAAGGAACGUUUUGUGUAGACUGUGAGACCUACCACACAGCUUCCUCUACCCUUGGCAGUCAAGGUCAGGCCGGGAAGCUGAUGUAUGUGAUGCACAACUCAGAGUAUCCUUUGAGCUGCUUCGCCCUCUUUGAGAAUGGCCCAUGCCUUAUUGCCGACACCAACUUUGAUGUGCUCAUGGUGAAGCUCAAGGGCUUUUUCCAGAGUGCCAAGGCCAGCAAGAUUGAGACCCGGGGCACCCGUUACCAGUACUGUGACUUCCUAGUGAAGGUGGGCACGGUCACAAUGGGACCCAGUGCCCGAGGCAUCUCUGUGGAGGUGGAAUAUGGCCCCUGUGUGGUACCUAGCGACUGCUGGAGCCUGUUGCUUGAGUUCCUACAGAGUUUUCUAGGCAGCCACACACCAGGGGCUCCCGCAGUAUUUGGGAACAGACACGAUGCGGUCUACGGCCCAGCAGAUACCGUGGUCCAGUACAUGGAACUCUUCAACAAGAUCCGCAAGCAGCAGCAGGUGCCGGUGGCUGGGAUUCGUUAGUGACUGGCCUCUGUCUGGCUGUGUUCUGUCACCAGGGGGACUCCACAGGAGGAGCAGGUGCUGCACCCUCAGGCCCCUGGACCCCAGAAACCCAGGGCAGACAAGGAGGCUUCUCUCACUCUCCGGUUCCCGGCUGUGGCUUUUGCUCUGGGGCUCUGGACUCCCCUUCCCUGACCCUCACACAGUCCUCCAACAGCUGUUUUACCCCAUGCCUUAUUGAAGGUGGCCUGUCCUCAAGAAUGGUAAUUAUGACGAGUGCGGAAGAUUGGAGCUUUCCUGCUUUAGGGGAAAAGGUAGGACAGGGGUGUCUCUGCCUAGUGUCACUGGGGAAGGCAGUCUGUACUUCCAACUGUGGAGGAUUGGCUAGGCCUACCACAGAAAGGCUGCGUUUUGUGUCUGCCUGUGCUGUAAUAUAGGCUGGCCUCUCCUAGGAAGGAGUAGGAGGCACAGCUUCUUUGAUGGUUGCCAUUUUUUUGACCUGUUUGCUGCAGUGGGUUGUGAAUUGACUUUUCUAGGGUGUUGCCCGAGUCCUUUGAAGUCUCCCUUGACAUCUUUCCAUUUUGUUGUGAAUUAUAUUAGACCAUAGGCUAAGCUGCUAUAACAAAGAGAAUCUAAAGUACAGUGGCUCUUAGUAGAAGUUUAUCCUUCUGUCUCCUAAUAGUACAGAGGUAAUCUGUAUCGUUUGUAGUAAGUACAGAUGGUCCAGGACAGCCUUCAGUCUACAAGGUCAUCAGGAACUCGGGCUGUCUUGUUGUUCAGCCAUCCCUAGGGUGUUGUCCUCGCCCGCAAGGUCAAAGCAGACUCAUCAGUUCCAUGUCCACAUUCCACUGGGGCAAGAGAGAGAGAAAAAGCAGUUUCUUUUUUAAAGAAUAUGAUGUGGAGUUGCUCAAAUCGCUGUGGCCAUGCUUUGCCGAAAGGGACGCUGGGACAUAGAGCCUUUUAUUUGGGUGGUCAUGUUCCAAGUUAAAACUCGGGGUUCUGUGACUAAAAGAUGAAGGAGAAAAUGGAUAUGGGGGCCAAGUUAGUGGCCGCUCCUACGUGGAGGUCAGUGGACAUGCCCAGAAAUGCCCUUGGCUGUGGUUUUGCCCAGAGUACCCCCUCUACCUAAGCCAUUUGUUUAUGAAUUGGAUUGAGAUGGGGCUGAUGCCAGAGCCACUUUCAGUUUCGUUGGAUUAGUCACACUAGGAAGUCAGCUCUGCACCCCUUGCCUGAGUCACAGCAUCAAGGCCCCUCCAGUUCUCAUGCACCCAGAGCUUAGGGUUAGAGCAGUUGACCUGAUACUUAUACUGUGCUUCAUGGUUUCCUGAGCUCUUGCUCCUCGUCUCAUUUGAGCCUCCAAGUGCUCAUUUGACCUGCAUUGCCUGCCUACCCCACUCCUGCUGUGGAAAUGUCCAGUCAGGCUAACAUUGAGAUAUUCAGGCAGAGAUGGUCUUAGGAAACGUGUUAAUGUACGUAUUACAUUACGUACAUUAGGAUAAUGUCACUCAUCGAAGCCAUCUAGAGAGAAAUUGUUUUCAGAUCUAAAGCCUCUGCAAGAAUCAGGUAGUGGUCUUGUUUCCAUUCUAUCUUUGGCUGGCAGGAAACUCAGUUCAGCUUUAUAACUGCAGGACCUGUCCUCUGCAUUGGUUUUUUUGUUUGUUUCUUUGUUUUGUUUUUGCUUUUUUUAAAUUGAGGUCUGUUUUAGAUUUCAUUUACAUACAAUAAAAUGCACAGGUUUUAUGUUGUUGGCCGUCUGAUUUAUAUUUGCUCUUGUCCAGGUUUAUCUGUGUAUUUUUCUGUAGGCUCCCUCAAAUCUUUUAUGAAAUAGGACAGCAUAUAGGCAGGAUUUUGAACAUAAUAUGUUCCUGAAAAUAUAGAAAUUGAGUGUGGUAAAUAUGACUCUAGACCUAGACAUGGUAAGGAGAGAUUUUGUUCCCUAAAAACUAAAAAAAUAGUAUAAACAGGAUCCCUAACUCUACUUUGCCUUUUAGACACAGGCUUGGCUCACACAUUUCCAAUGUUCUUCACUUUUGUUCUUUUCUCGUAUUUUGAGCACAUAGUUGGCCAGCAUUCAGUCCAGUGAACAUCAGAUCAAACUUUUAAGUACCCACUUUGGGUACCUUUGUCCAUCUUUGUCCUUUUUGUCAAUUAAAGGAAGUUUGUCACUAAAAAAGGUGGGUAGCAAUGUUGCCAAAACUGAACUGCUCACUAGCAGGAAGGACUCAGAUGUCAUGUAGCUUGUGUGUGCAGGUCUGAAUGGGGCUUUCACAAAUAGUUUAGGAUUGUCAGUGUAUAAUUUUUGAAAGUUGGGGUUGAAUGAAAGUUGAGGAGCAUUUGUAUAAAUUUAAGGAAAAAGGCAUAGCUAUGCUUAUAAAUGAAAAAAACUUAAACUCAGCAACUAAAUGGAAAUGGUAUGUUUUUGGUUCAAAUCUGACAUUCUUCCUUCUGCACUAGACUGUCUUCCUGCCCCUCCUUCUUCUGCUUCCAGGUGCUUUACCCUCCUCCCCAUCUGUGGCUACCCAUAAAAGAAGAGAGACUAGGAAACCAGUAUUUCAGUGGGUACCUUUCCCAGAACCACAUAGAAAUCGGCCAGCCUUGACUGUCAGAGCUCUGCGGGGCAGCUCUAGGGCUCAUCUUGUUCUCCUUCACUACAAGGUGGGGAGACUGUGGCUCCCAGAGAGAUCAUGCGGGGAGCUGAGGCUGGGGUCAGGACCGAACUCAAGGUGCAGGCCUCCUAGCUACCAGCGUGUCAGAGCGUGACACCUGGACCUCUGUGUGGUGCCAGGUGAUUUUAGGUGGAAUGCAGAAGACAAUUUUAUGUCAGUACUUAUACUUGAUUCCACUGUGUGUUAGAAGUAUAGCUAGCACUUUAUUCCUUAGGAUGAAGGUAAGUUUUUUUAAAAAGAGUCCAUUUAAAGGUAACUGUUAAGUUAUAGCACAGGUGAUACGUGCACAUGGCAAAAUUUUUGGAGGCAGGACGGAUGCUGGGAUUUGGGGAUAUGUUUCUAGUCCAUUUCCUGUGUCCAUUGAUGGUUCCUGCUCUGACUGUGCUUUCCCCUUGUCUCUCCAGUGCUGUUCUGAUUCUCCGUACCCCGGUUCUCAGGCUGCCUCCUGCUUGCUUGCUUCAGGUCUUGAGUACCAAGUAGUCACAUUUCCCCCGCCAUGUAUUGGUGUGACUGCUUCACUGAAGGAAUUGCCUAGAGACUGACCACUGCUCCCUACCACUAGGUCUACCCCAACCCAGUGUGUCUAGUAUUCAUUCCUGAGGCUUCAUGAUGAGGUAGUUAGUGAAAUUUUUCUCUCCACAUCCUGGAGGGUUACGGGAGGGGUUAGAAAUUCCCACCUAAGCAUGUCCUCCAGGUGUCAACAGUUGAAGCUCUCAAAAUACAAGAUAGGAAGGUCUACAAUAGACUGAACGUUUUGAGGACAUUUACAGUAGAUCCAGUGCCAGGUGGGACUGAUAUGUGGCCUUGCUGUCUCAAGUCCAUACCUCUAGCUCCCGAUAUUGCCUUUCCCUCACCGCAGCCUCUCUCUCUGCUACUGCUGUCUGGGAGCCUUGGGCAGCAGGCCCCAAACACAAUUGCAUGUGGAAUGGCUGAAACCAAUUAUAUUGCAAGUGUGGUCCUCUCUUGGGAGUUGGUUCUUUGGCCUUUGUGCAGUCACUUCUUGGGGGUGGCUCUCCCCCAAGGUGAGUUUCUGCCAUUGUGUAGAGCAUUCCAAAACAAGUCUCUUGGGUUAGAAGGGACUCUUUAGGUCACGUAGUUUGACCAUCACUCAGUCCUCAAGUCUUGACACCAUCCCACCCAGAGGCUGUGCAGCCUUGACUUGGCCUUAUCUAGGAAAAUCUCUUCCUUGUGUAUUUCAUCUCUUUUUCUCAUUAACUUUGAGAUAAAAAUCAAUACAAAACAAAACAUACUUGUCCUUUCCCUCCCAGGUCAUGGAGACUGUAUUGUGCUUAGAGAAUUUAUCAUUAGUUGGUGCUGGAGUAAGAGCGGACUAUGACUCUGAAGUAAGGGUUCCAAUGUUACUGCAGGUUAUCCACUCCUGAGGGGAGCCUCAAGAGGCCUAAGACGCUUUGAAACCAGACACACUUUUGUGUAUAUGUGAAGUUUUUUGGGAAUAGGAUUUACAGAGGUCGUAAGAAUGUCUCAAAAAUCCACGAUCCAAAAAAGAAUCUCUAAAGGGAGAACAGAUCCUGAAGGGAAACAGCAGGAAGAUAAAGAGAAAGCAGGUGUGAGAUAUGUCCAGCUGGCUUAUUGUGAGCAAGACUGUCCCAGGCCUUUUGGACCCCUCAUCUGAGGUCCUCUCCGGGGAUUCUCCUUCAUUUUAGUGUCCUUUAGGGCUUUCAAUUUCUGGAAGCUGGACUGUUUUCCUACAGGUUCCCCCUUCUCGUGUCUACAUACACAUACACACAACCUAUUAGAAACAAGGAGGAGUAAAUAUGUAUGAAGCAAUCUUUAUGGCUUCCUUUGUGGCCCCAGGAGUUACUCUUCCAUUGUGACAUACUCCAUGGAAUCUGAAAAGUUUUCCGUUGUUAUGGAAUUUGGCAUAAUGAGUAUAUUUUCAUUUUUCAGAAUGAUGUGAUUGAUGAGGCAGAGAAAUAGUUCCUCACCUCUGUGAUGAAAUUAGCAAAUUAAAAAAAAUUCUUGGAAGUAUUAGGGCAAAGAUUCCUAAUUCUCUUGCAUUCUGUUUUAUUUCCCAAGACAUUUUUGUCUCAUCAGAUGGCAUUGACCUGUUUUUAAGGUUGAUAUGAAUUCUACUGAAUUUUCUUUGGAGGCUUUGAAAAAGAGAAUUUAGGGACCACAUAAUUCAAUAUUGGGACUCUUUUGUCAUGUAGGAAAGGCAGGGUUUGAAAUGUGGAGGUGACAGGUGUUCCGAGGCGGCCUACUAAAGGGAAGAGAGCACUGCUUUAGCAGACAAGAUGGCUAGGUGCUAGCCACAAUACUGUCCCUAAUUUGCCAGGUAACUUCAAUCAAGUUGGCCUUUCUGAGUCUCAUCUGUAAAGUGGGCAUAGUGAUCCCUACUUUCCCUAUUUCAUAGCCUUAUAGCCUUGUUGAGAGGCUCAGGGGAGAAUAGAUGUGAGGAGUGCUUUGUCGGCAAGCAGAUGCCGUCUCUGCUCUUGUGUCUUUUUUAAUGAUGCUGAAGGUAUUGGUGUUUGGUUAAGAUGUUUAAGCUGGGAAGUUAUGGGGUCAUUACUGCUUGGUGGCAGGUUAAAAUUUUUCCCCAAUGCAAGGAAUGUAGUUGUGCUAGAGAAUGAGCAGUGUGGAAAGAAGAUUCAGAGAAAGUAUUCAUCAUACUCGUGUAUUUUUUUAAUCAGAUCAGUAAGCCUAGUUGUAUGGACCAUCUCUGGAACAUGGAAAUAUGUUUUUAACGUGUACUUACAGCGAUGAGAUUUUACUUGUUUUCCUGCAACCUAAAGGAAGAAAGGCUGGGCUUUAAAAAAAAAAAUAAGUAGGGUAGAAAUGACUUUAACUUUUUUGUAGAACACAUCCAUCUCUGUUUCUCCUUAGCUCCCAAGCCUUAAUUGUAGCUGUCUCUGAACCGUGUUUUUUUAUGCCAUGUAUAUUGUGAUUGCACUCCAUACCAGUUGUGUCCUUAAAGAAAGUUCAGUGUCCCUGAUUGUAUUUGCCAUUCCUCACUGAUGAACCACUGAAGCCCUUAACUCUGAGGCUACAAUAAAACCUUAUAUGUUAGCUAU